AUUUCCAACAGCUGGUCGUAAAAAAUAUUCGCGAAAUCGAUUUUUUUAACAAAAACUUAUGCACCGACUAUAAAUAUCAGCUGAAGUUUCAAUGCUUCGCUAGCAUGUCGUGUCCACUUAUUCAGUUUCUGUGUCACGCCUGAUGAAAAUAGUACAAGUGUGAACUAAAAACCUGAAGAAUUCAGCAACAAUCUUUAAAGGCGCGGAGACAAAAUCCUCUCACAAUAUGGAGAAUUCAAUUUUCCUUCAGGUUCCACUAGACUUUCAGUUUCUCUCUGUGUGUCACUACAUUAUCAAUUUGGGAAUUAUUUUUAACCAGGAAAAUUUAAUUACAAUCGAUGAAAGCAAUCAGACGAUCAUUAUACUGAAUACAUUGUUCAAUUAUCUCCACAGGUCAGAAAAUGAAUCAGAAACGAAAUUUCAACUGCUACACAAAAUGUUGAAGGGAACGGAUUUAUACGGUGGUGGUGAUGAUGAGCAACUUGACAACAAAUACGUGAGUGAAACCUAUCAAUACAUCAUUGGUACUACACUCUUUGCUCACUACGGAAAUAUUAAUGAAUAUUUAGCUCGAGUAAUUAGGCAGGCCGACAACAUAGCCUAUUCGGAAUUUAAGGAAAACGUGUUUAACCACUUUUCCCAAAGUUACCAAAUUCGGGAUUAUUGUUCAAAAGAUGGCAAAACAAAUACAAAACUCACCGAUUUAGCAAUGAGGAAAGUUUUCAACGAUUAUAUUUGGCAAAUAUUUCCCGAACCAGAAUCAAAAGAAAUGAGUAUAUUGGACGUUGAUUAUAUAUAUGCAAUGAUUGGUUUAAAAAUUGUCCGUUCAACACCAGGUGAUGUUCCAUUAUGUGAAUUUAAAAAUUGUCUAAUAAUUGCCCAAGAGCUUGAUUUUCAAGAGGAUGACAAUGAAACUACUUAUAAUAUGUUUUUAACUUUAUUCUCAACAUCCGCACUAUUUUAUUAUGCCCAUAAUGAAAAAUCACAGUUUGAUAAUCUUUCCAAACUAGAUGAUAAAUUCUGGAAUGAAGCAUAUCAGAAAUUCUUUUUAUAUUUUCAUUCUUCAGUUAAUAAUUUUGUGCAAGAAAUUAUUGAUAAUAAUCUUUAUGAUAAACUUCUGACUGAAAGGGAAUUGUUAAAAAAUCGUACAGUUAUUGCUAAAGAAAUAUUAACCAAUCAUUGUGGAUUUAAGCCUGAUGACAAUGAUGUGGCAUUAUUUAAGACACUACCCCAUUGGAUGGUGAAAACUACAUUUACUUCAUGUAAAGAUCUUCCAAGUUUGACCGAUUAUUAUAAAGCUCAAUUCAAGUAUGUAAGGUUGAUUUAUAUGCAAAUUGAAAGCAAUACAUUAAGACAGGUUAUAGUCGAUAGUGGCUUAAUUGAUAAAAUGACUUUAGGCGCCGUUGUAAAAAUUGUAAGAGUUCCUGAAUCUUUUUAUUUUAAUAAUUUUUCUACACCGGUAAAUCUAAUAAACACGAAGAAUGACAUUUAUAUGAUAUUCGUCAUUAUAACAAAUAAGAAGAAAGAAUAUUAUGCCUUGAAACAGAAGGAUAAUACUUUGACUUUGUUGACAAACAGUGCUGAUGAAAGAGGCUUUUCUAAAGCAGUUGUUAAUGAUCCGUCUCUCAAAAUAGAAAGAAUUUCUUUUACCGAAGAAACUCUUAAAAAUGUCUAUGAAGAUUACACUUCAUUUAUUUUAAGAGUUGCGGAUAUGAAGGCAAAAGACAUGGUGAACAGCCUAUUCACGUACUAUAAUGAUCAAACUACAGGAGAGGAAAUUUUCGGUUAUUUAAAAUUAUUCAUUCCAUUUUACACCUGCGUUGAAGAUAUAAUAGACUAUAAAGUUGUCGAAGCAAUUAUAGGCUGCUCUAUUGAUGUUGUAAGUCUUAUUCCAGGUGUUGGUUAUUCAACAAAAUUUGCAAAUGGCGUAAGGGCUAGUUUAUUAAAAAUUGCAACAAAAAGCUCUGCUAGAAUUGCUACCCUUGGAAUUAAGAAAGUUCUAAAACUGGGUUUAAUACAAUUAACAAAAAUAUCAGUAACAACUGUCGCAAAACAAAUUAUCAACAAGAAAUUUUUAAAGAAAGUCACAUUCUUCUUUCUUCGACAAAUAGAUCCUGGAUUUGAACUUUGUUUCCGCUUAGGUCAACAAGGCUAUAAGACACUACACAGAACGUAUAAGUUGAUGUAUAGGAGAUUUAAGAAAUUUUCAUUAAACAAAAAUCUUCUGCAAGUAUUGGAAACAAUGACGACGAAUUUGAAUAAAAUGGUAAAAACUUCUGAUAUUGGAGGUUUAGCGAAAAAGGUUAUUACUAAAAAAGGUGAUAAUUAUCAAGUGAUACGGUACUAUUACCCAGGUGGGAAAAAUCAUAUUGGACCGAAAUGUGUCGAAGCUUUUGGAGAGAUAGCGGAACUUAGAACGAUUAGAGGAAGAAAGGGUAAAUCUUACGUCAAGCGGAUAAAAACCGAGGAUCGAAAACCUUACUAUCGAGAAUUUGAUAUGGAUACGAGACAAGUUAAUAUGGAAAUAUUGGAAAUGGGUGUAGAUGGUACUCUACAUACAGUAAAGGCUGGCAAGAAGGGUAAGGGAUAUUAUGUAAAGGUUGAAAUAAUUAAAGUACCGGAAUAAGACGAUAGCUCAUCUUCUAAUUUAUUGAACGAAUGAGUCAAUUACAAAAAAUACUGCUGUAAUGAUGAAAUAAAUACAAUUUAAUCACUAA